AUGAGUUCAUCAUCGGCAACAAACUCUUCUCUAUCAUCAUUUUCUGAUGAAUGUGAAACAUUUUUACCAGAACCACCACCACCACCACCACCGCCUCCAAUUCCUUCAGCAAAUAUAAAAAUCAAUGAAUGUAUUGGUGGAAAGAAACUUGUACAUAAAAUUGAGCCUAUAUUUAAUAAUGACACAACUAAAAUGCGUAUAUUUCUUGAAGAUGGAUCUCUUACGGAAUAUUCAAUUGGAGAUUUAACAACAGCAGAAGAAUUAAUAGAAGAAGUAGCUUUUCGUCAUAGUCUUGGUUCAGAUAUUCGUCGAUAUCGAUUAACAUUAAAUGAAGCACGUGAUACUUCUUGGCGAUCAAUUCGAUAUAUUCGACCACAACAAAAAUUAAAAGAAGUAUCACAAUGGCCAUGUACAACCGAAACAACAAUUUGUACAUUGCGUGUUGUUAUUGUUCCUUAUCAAGCUGAAAUAUUAGCUGAUACAGAACCAAUUACAUUUACUUAUUUAUAUAGACAAAGUAUCAAUGAUUAUGUUCGAGAACGUGCUGGAAGUGAAAUAAGUAUAGAUACUGCUGUACAAUUAACAGCACUUCUUAUUCUUGAUGAAUCAUUAUGUACUGGUGUUCGAGUAAAUACUCUUGUCAAACGAUCAUGGUUAUUAAGACAAUUAUUACCACGUACAUUACUUGAUCAAUUUUCUUUAAAACAAUUAAUAAAUCGUGUACGAGCACAUCUUCAUGAUAAUAAUGAUAUGACUCAAUUGAAUGUUGCUAAACAAUUUAUACGUAUAUUUUCGGAAAAUACUCGAUCAUUUGGUGGAAAAUUAUUUCCUGUUAAAUUCCCGGAUAAACAUCGAGAUUCAAUUUUACUUGUUGGAGCUCGAUAUCCAAUAGGUAUUCUUGAUCAAGCAAGACGAAUUAAUUCACCUGUUAUGACACUUGUCUCUACUUGGUCUCAUUUAUCUCGUGUUACUGUUAAACAAUAUCGAAAUGGUGUAGCUAUUCGUUUAUUAACAACACCUCGAACAACAAUAGCCGAUGAUUCAUCUAUCCUACAACAAGAAAUUGCUUUUUUAAUUCAUACAAAUUUACUUAAUGAUUUUAUGGCAUUUAUUGAAGGUUAUUCACAAUUAGAAUCAUUAAAUUUUCCAUUAUCUAUUGAACGUAUAUCACAUAAAAGUAAAUCACCAUCAUCUAGUACAAAUAAAUCUAAACUAACAAGUUCAUCAAAUGAAUAUCAAAGUGAAUCAUUUCGUCGAUCACCACUUCUACAGCAUAUAUUAAAUAAUAGAAAAAAUCAUCGUAAAUAUACAUUAACACAAGGAAAACAUAUUUCACCAUCAACUAGUCCAUCAUUAUUUGAAUUAACACGACAAUUUUUUACACGAAAUCCUACAAAAACUAUUGAUAUUGACGAACGAGAAACAGUUUCAAAUGUACCAAAUCGUACAACACUUGUUACAUGGCGUUCAAUAGCUGAUAGUCAAACAUCAACAACAACAGCAACAACCACAACAACAACCACACCACCACCUCCACCUGUUCUCUAUCGAACUGUUAUUAAUGUUAAACAUUCAGAACAAAUGAUAUCUAUUAGUGAUGAUGAUGGCGAACCUGAUGUAAUCGAUUUAACAACAUCGCAUGGUUACUAUGGAACUAUUAGUUUUCCUAUUCGACCACCAUCACCAUUUGCUGAUGGUCUUAUUUGGUCAGAUAUGUCAAAUCAAUGUAAGAAUGAAGAUGAAGAUACCGAUGGUGUUGUUAUAUGGUCACCAUCAACAAAACAAUUAACUGUUCAUUAUAAUAGAAAUAAUAAUAAUAAUAAUAAUAAUAAUAAUAUAAUUCCUUAUUCACCGACAUCAUCGCGUACAGAUAGUACAUGGAAACGAACAUUAGAUCGAAUUCUUAAACGAACAAAAGCAGAAAAAGACAUUCCACAGAUAACAACAUGUCCAUAUGAUUUUGGUAAUGGUGAAGAUUUAAUAACAACAGAUCAAAAUAGUAAACAUGUUCAUUGGAUUGAUAAUAAUGAAAUUAUAUUAAAUGCAUGUCGUCGUUUUGUUGAACAUUUAAAAAUAUUUGUACAAAAUGUAAUUAAUGGUCAAAAUGAAGAAAUUUAUUUAAAAAAUUGUCAAAUAUCUUUAAAUGAACUUAAUUCAUUAAUUGAUUGUUCAGAAUUAAAACAAGCAUUUGAAGAUACAAUUGAAUUAGCAAAUAAAUAUGACAAAAAUCAAUUACUUCAACAACAAACAUUUAUUGCACAUUUAAUCUCUCGUACUAUUCUUUCUUCUUGA